AUGGACUGUAAACGUUUGCUUGCUGAUGGGUUUACCUUAUCCGGUGUUUAUACGAUUCAUCCCUGGUACAACAGUUCAGUGGACGUUUUCUGUGAUAUGGAUACAAAAGAUGGAGGGUGGACGGUUAUACAGAGGCGUGUAAACGGAUCGAUUGAUUUCAACAGAACUUGGAAUGAGUACAAAGAAGGAUUUGGUUCUGUUCACUCGUCAUAUUGGAUAGGAAAUGAAGUCAUUCAUCAAUUAACCAAGAACAGACCGUUUCUGUACGUGUCCAUUACUCUGACCAAUGGAAACACUCUAUAUCAACAAUACGGGGAAUUCUCUGUAAACAACGAGACAGACAACUACAGACUUUACCUGAAUGGACCGACCGAAGGGACCUUAGGUGACAGUAUGUUAGACACUGGUUAUGAAUCUAUGUAUGAUUUGUCUGGGAUAUCAUUCUCAACCCCAGACAGAGAUAAUGACAGAAUCAGUGGAUUUGACUGUGCUGCUCAGUACAGAGGAGGCUGGUGGUUUAACUGGUGUCACUACGCCUUCCUCAACGGUCAAUGGUACCCGGAGUUCUGGUACCACCCAUGGUAUCCAAUAGUGAGAAGUGGUAUAGAGAUAAAAGAGACCGUUAUGAUGAUAAAAUCUCACUAA